UUUGCAAGUGGUUUAUGCUUUUUGGUUUACGAAAUCAUGGCGACCAGAACCCAGAAGUUCAAAGCGUUUGUGUCUGAGCCGAUGGGCGAUAAGGACGUUACAGCAGUGGAUGGCAUUAAUGACGAGCUUGGACUAAAAUUAGCUGCAAAGGGUUUUGACAAGGCAUACAUCCUUCUGGGCCAAUUCCUCCUGUUAAAAAAGGACCAUGCGGUUUUCCAAAGGUGGCUGAAAGGGGCGUAUGGAGCCAGUCCGAGCCAGGCUCAGCGGUGCGCCUCUUGUCUAACAGACUGGUGCUACGCUUUCCUCUAG